GCCUGUCUCUAUCUAUCUCAAUGAGAAGCUUCUGAUGAAAAUAUUGUGAAAAAUUGUGUUUAUUGUGCAAAAAUCCGUGCAAAUGCAUUAUUAAAUAAUGCAAGUUGUGUUUAUACUAUGCCCAUUUCUGGCAGUUAUUUGUAAACUGACGCGCACAGUUUAGCUGAACGUCAUAAAAUCUGUGUUUUUUGAUUGUUCGAUUUUUCACACAGUACAAAAAUCUGUGGUAGUGUAAAAUUUGGUUAUUUGCGUUAGCAAAGGCAAAUUGAAAACGCGCAAAACCACUUAUAAGCACAAAUGUCGCAUUAAGCAAGCACCAAAAUUGCAUUUUCGAACAUUUCCGCUUGCACCUGGUUUCCGUGGACGUGCUUUGGAUCCGUGGAUAACAGAGACGCAAAGAUAGACGCCGUGUGGGGUUGGGCUUCCGCCCCGCUGCGCUUAGCGGCGAAUAGAAUGGGCGAUCCUUUACUGCCUGGCUCUACGGGCCUUGGCAGCGGCGGUACAGCUGCUGCCAGUGGCGGCACAGGCACAACGGGCACGGGGCUAGGUAGUGGUGGCACCAGCGGUGCCGAGCGCCCACCCUCGCCAGCGCGUCUGACCCACACAUCGGAGAAGCAUCCAAAAGUAACGCUUACCGAGUUAAACAUGUUACGUCGUCAUAGAGAGCUCUGCGACGUGGUGCUCAAUGUGGGCGGACGCAAGAUUUUCGCUCAUCGCGUCAUACUGAGCGCAUGCAGCUCCUAUUUCUGUGCCAUGUUCACCGGAGAGCUAGAGGAGUCGCGCCAAACUGAAGUCACUAUACGCGACAUUGAUGAGAACGCCAUGGAGCUACUGAUUGAUUUUUGUUACACCGCUCACAUCAUUGUGGAGGAGUCCAAUGUGCAAACGCUUCUGCCGGCCGCCUGCCUGCUACAGCUUGUAGAAAUUCAGGAUAUUUGUUGUGAGUUUCUCAAGCGCCAACUCGAUCCGACCAACUGCCUGGGUAUACGCGCUUUCGCUGACACGCAUUCCUGCCGUGAGCUACUGCGUAUUGCCGAUAAAUUCACGCAACACAACUUCCAAGAAGUCAUGGAGAGCGAGGAGUUCCUGCUAUUGCCCGUUGGCCAGUUGGUCGAUAUUAUUUGCAGCGACGAGCUCAAUGUGCGCAGCGAGGAGCAAGUUUUUAACGCUGUCAUGUCCUGGCUAAAAUACAAUGUCGCUGAGAGGCGACAGCAUUUGGCACAGGUGCUACAGCAUGUGCGAUUGCCGCUGCUCUCGCCCAAGUUCCUGGUGGGCACUGUAGGCUCUGAUCUCUUGGUGCGUUCGGACGAGGCUUGCCGCGAUCUGGUUGAUGAAGCCAAGAAUUACCUGCUACUGCCGCAGGAGCGUCCAUUGAUGCAGGGUCCGCGCACCCGGCCACGGAAGCCCACACGACGUGGCGAGGUCUUAUUCGCAGUCGGCGGUUGGUGUUCCGGCGAUGCGAUUGCAUCAGUCGAACGUUUUGAUCCGCAGACCAAUGACUGGAAAAUGGUUGCACCCAUGAGCAAACGACGUUGUGGCGUGGGUGUUGCCGUUCUCAAUGAUUUGCUCUAUGCUGUUGGCGGGCAUGAUGGCCAAAGCUAUUUGAAUAGCAUAGAACGCUAUGAUCCGCAGACCAAUCAAUGGUCUUGCGAUGUUGCGCCUACCACAUCGUGCCGCACAAGCGUUGGUGUAGCGGUACUGGAUGGUUUUCUGUAUGCUGUGGGCGGCCAAGAUGGCGUGCAAUGCUUAAAUCAUGUCGAACGCUAUGAUCCCAAGGAGAACAAAUGGUCCAAGGUGGCACCAAUGACUACACGCCGUCUAGGUGUGGCUGUUGCCGUCCUGAGCGGUCAUCUUUAUGCCAUAGGUGGCUCUGAUGGCCAGUGCCCGCUCAAUACUGUAGAACGAUAUGAUCCAAGACAAAACAAAUGGGUCGCUGUUAAUCCAAUGUCCACUCGCCGUAAACACCUUGGCUGCGCCGUAUUUAAUAAUUAUAUUUAUGCUGUUGGUGGUCGUGAUGAUUGCAUGGAGUUGUCCUCUGCAGAGCGCUACAAUCCGUUAACCAACACCUGGAGUCCAAUUGUGGCCAUGACGUCAAGACGCAGCGGCGUCGGACUAGCAGUUGUUAAUGGGCAACUUUAUGCUGUGGGCGGCUUUGAUGGUUCCGCUUAUUUGAAGACCAUUGAGGUUUACGAUCCAGAGACGAACCAAUGGCGCCUGUGCGGCUGCAUGAACUAUCGCCGUUUGGGCGGCGGCGUUGGCGUUAUGCGUGCGCCCCAGACUGAGAAUUAUAUGUGGAUACGGAAGGAUUCGGUCGUCUGAUGGGAGCAGAAACCGACGUCAGCGUUGCCAUCGCAAACGUUGCCGCCGCCGCAUUUCUACUGAAAGUAUCAACAAAAAACAGAUCCACAGCUAUCAGCAGCAAAUCGAAGCCAAAUUUUUUUCAGCGUUAAAUAGUUGAUGAACAUUAAGGACGUAAUUGUAUAAUUGAUUGUUAAUUGUUUUCCCAUUUGGUAGCGCGUUGAAAGCAAAUGUUUAUUGUAUCACGAGUUUUAAACAAAUAUGCAGAGUUAAAUCUAAGCUAGAAAACACUACAUAUAUAUAACAUGGAUGAAAAAUGUAAUUGGCAACUAACGAAUCCUAAAUGUUCUAUGUAAAAACACAGUUGGUUAAAAUUUCCAGGAAAUUUCUAACAUGCCUUCUCCCUUAAAAAAGUAAUCUAGAAUUUCUCAGAAAAACAAAGCAUUAAAAA